AUGGAAUUUGAGACAAAAACAAUUAAGGUUGAUGGGCUUACCAGAAACAUACUAGUACAAAAUGAGAACGGACCAUGUGCAUUGGUAGCGUUGACGAAUGUGUUGGUGUUAUCACCUCAGCACAAGAUUGAUGCUGAAGAAUUGAUCCACUUAAUAAAUUCCAAUAGAAAAGUGACGUUGCAAGAUUUGAUAACGACGUUGGCUAACAUUGGUGUUAUGAUGGAUAACGGACAAUCUGAGGACGUUAAUGAGCUCUUGCAGCUCUUACCACAACUACACACAGGGCUCAAUGUCAACCCUGCUUUCAAUGGUACAUUCCAUGAUGACCAAGCGUUGGCAUUAUUCAGGCUUUUCCAAGUACCUUUGGUACAUGGUUGGAUUGUAGAUCCAUCCCAAAACCAACAGCAGUACCAGAGUGUCUCUCAUUACUCUUAUGAUGAUGCACAAAAUGUUCUAGUACAAGCUUAUGACAUCCAAAAAAAUGGUACUCAAGUUGAAAAUGCGGACCAGAUCUUACAAGAUGCUCAAUAUUUGAAGUCGUUUUUGGCAAGAAGUGCAACUCAGUUGACAGAGUAUGGUAUCCAACAUUUGCACCAACUGCUCCAAGAAAACUCUUACUCUGUUUUCUUCCGUAAUGACCACUUCUCUACCAUGCGUAAGAAGAACAAUGAAUUAUACAUCUUGGUGACAGAUUUAGGGUUCAAAAAUGCCUCAAAUAUUGUAUGGCAGUCACUCAAGACUGUAAAGGGAAACCACGAUUCAUUCUUUACAUCAGAAUUCCUCCCAACUUCUAUCGAUAACAUCACCAGCACUGACCCUGAUUCCAAUGCAAAUGCAAAUGCAAACGAAGGUGAGACUGACUUGACUGAUGAGCAGCUUGCUCGCAUCCUUCAAGAGGAAGAAGACGCAAGAGCCGUUAGAGACCUGUCUUCUCGCCAAGAAAGAAGAGCCGAGAGUGCCCCAACGACAUCAUCCAAAAAGUCAAAAGAUAGAAAGCUGAGACUGAAGAAGAAAAUGAAGUGCACAAUAUUGUAA